UUUGCUUGUUCAACGGGGGAUUACGACGGAGCCGACGCGUGGCCCAAAUUACCAGACACGAUGGCUAAGAAGAGCUGUGCAAGGAAUGCUUGGGGGGUUUUCCAAAGUGUGCUGGUAGCAGCAACUCUCUAUACUUUUCUCUGUCUAGCUGUGCUGGUUUUUCAGAGAGGCUCGUUCCCAAAAUCGCCAGCCGACCUCUACAGAAGCCCUCCUCGCCCAGGGUCCUCAUCUUCAGAUUUCAAUGGAUCUGGAUCUGUACAACUGCCUUCAACCAAAUUAAAAGUCGAGAAAAUCAAGCCCAAUGCCAAUUGGUUCAAUAGACCUGAAAGUUUGGUCGUGCCGAGGGAUGACUACCUGGGAAAGCGGCCAGACGUCGACACCGUUGCGAACCUCACAAAACUGGUGGAAGAAUGCAGAGGAUCAUACGAGAAUAUUGAGAAGAUGCCAUACGUACAAGAUUGUUUGAAGUAUAUGGAGGAGGGCGAGAAGGAAUACUUUUACACCCCCGCCCGAGGCGAACGAGCGAGUGAACAACCACCAAAGCUUGCAGAGUAUCUCAACUCUGAUGGCGCAGAUAAUACCCUCGAAGAAUACCCUUCCUAUAAACACGCCUCGAAAGACUCCCCUGGCAAAUGCGACGGACCUAUUGUGCCUUAUCAUGUCUACUGGACAGGGCCUGCAACCUGGCGAGUUGAGUUAUUUGUGAAAAGCCAUUUCCACACACAGAACAUCCCAUGUACCCGAUUAUUUAUAUGGUUGGAUGGGGAUCGAGAUCCAAAAGCAGUAGACAAGAUGCUGAACCAUGACCCAUUAUUCGAGAAGUUUUUACCAUUUGUCCAGCGGGGAGAUAUCGUUUUGAUGACAUGGAAAUUUCCUUCCAGGAUCCCACUUCCAAAGGGCGACAACACAGAUGGGGUUGGCUAUUACAAGACGCCUGGAAAACCAAACUCAAAGGGCGAAACACUGGUUGCAGAUGGGUUACUCCGCGAUGCCAAUGACCAAGAAUGGCUUGUUUUGACGGAGAAGCAAAUGACGUUCCUCCCCGUUGCAGUCUCAGACGCUGUACGUUUCGUCGUUCUACACAUUUAUGGAGGAGCCUACUUCGAUAUGGACGUUGUUAUGCUCAGAGACAUGCGCCCACUAUUAAUCGGAGAUGACCACUCGUUCGCUGAGCGAUGGGGUGGACAUCCUUCUCCUGGAGAUUACAACACUGCCAUUAUGUCUCUAUCUGCCAAUUCUUCGCUCUCCUCCUAUCUCCUCCGUGGAGGAGUUCGAAUGGGUCUCAAUUUCCACCCGAGAGUGAUUGGAGUUAUGACGGUCAAAGAUCAUCGAAAUCAAGAGUUCCACAUGUUAGAGACGGCAGCAUUUGACCCAAUUUGGACAGAAUUCAACUGGGGUAGACUAGGAAAAUGCACUGUGCCAUGUCUACACGAUUAUGGGCAAGUCUUCAAGGGGAAGAAAGCAUUCCCGUUGGACGAUGAGUGGGAAAGUUAUGACGGACCACAGCUGAAGUUGGCAUCGGACAAGGCAAGAACCAGGGGGCAUUUCUGGGAAAUAAAGAGGGAUGAGAAUGCAGUUGAGGAAAGAGCGGAAGCAAAGUCUGAAGAGUCAGAGUCGGUAUUCGACAAAGACGCUCUGAUGAAGGCGGAGUACAAAAUUGAGGAAGACAACUAUCCGCCAACGAACCGUACGAUGGAGCACUUCCUCCGGGGUGCGUGGACAUAUCACGUUCAUAACCAGUGGCUCAAGAACCCUGAACCAUCUUCAUGGUUGAACGUGAUCCAGCGCGCCCACGAUGGCUUUUUCUCUCACGGCCGUAAAAACCCAUACGGUGAGAAAUGGGACGGUCCAGAUAUACCCCACUACGAAAUCAGCUGGGAAUACCCUUAG